AUUUAAUGUAAAGUGAUGAAAAUAUUCAAGUUGGAGGUCAUUAUUCAGUCAUUGGCCCACACCUAGCUCCACACCUGUUCACCUUGUUCUUGCUUCAAACAGCUGCAACCUUGAACAGUCAGGGUUUUUUCCUCCCAGUGUUGGAAACAAAGAUUGCUGAGGCUCUGCAGAGAGUCACAUUCUUAAAGUGUCAAGUGAAAUUAGAAGGAAACCUCAGUGUUUUUUGUUUUCCACAGGAAGCCUGAUCAUCACUAUCAAUGCAUUUAUAAUCUUAUUACUUACUGUGUCUGUGGUUAUUGCAGAUCACACAGAUCAGGGUUUCCUUGUUGGGUUUUACAGGUGCUUUCCACAUCUUAUAUGAAAUGGCGUUGGCCAGUGACAAACUGUACAAUGGAUACCUGCGGCGGAAAAUGCCAGCCAUUGUAUCCAAGGUGAAAGUGAAGGAAGUAAUGGUCUACCUGCCUUGCCUCACCGCUCACGACAGGGAGAAUAUAGAGGCAAAAAGAGAGACAUAUGGGAACUUUGACGCCAUGGUGCUUCUCCUGGACUGUCUGAAGAAGAGGGAGAAUUGGCCCGAGCAGUUUAUUGAAGCUCUGGAGUCGUGUGAACACCCAACUAUUGCAGCUGACAUCCAAGCAGAAUAUGACACUCUGAGAGGGGUUGACAAUCCCAGCCCCAGCUCCCCUUCCACCACUGUCACAAGAGCACACGUCCAUCCAGCACCACCGGCCGGUCAUCUGUCCGGUCCAGAGAGCGCUGGUGCUGCUGUUGCUCCACCAGCUAAAGCAUCAGCUCCUCCAGAGCCAGCUGCGCAGACCUCACCUCCUCUGGAAGUCCCCAUGCUUCCACAGAGCCCAUCAGAGCAGCAGCAGCCCAACAUACCCGAGGCAGUUUCUCCACCCGGGCCUGUCCCUGAGCCUUCACAGCCAAGUGAAACUGAAGUGGCAGCCGUUCCAUUAACACCUCCUCCGUCCCCAGAGACCCCACUCACUCCAGCUGACAGUGCACAGAAAGGGGAGGAGGUCAUUGCUCACCAGGAGCCAGAGGAAAACUCUGAGUCAUACUUCAUGGAUGUCCCUGUGGAGGUAAACCUGAUGCCAGAGGUGACGCCUCCUGGUGUUGGACUGGUUGAAACAUACUCUCCAUUGCACCCUGAUCCUCUUAAAACAGCAGCGACCACAGAGAUCAGACAGCCUGAGAGUCCACCUCAGGUAAACUCAGACGUAACUGAUGGAUCCUCUUUCCCCACACUGACCCAAGAGAAGCCUCCGGUACAGGACACCAUGCCUCCUGUGGACAAAGUAUCCACUGCGGAGCCUGAAGAGACAUCUGAGCCUCCUACUAUACAGGACAUUGAAAACAGCACGGAGACAGAAACGGCAGCCCCAGCUUCUCCUCAGCUUCAUGACGGUGGGAUAGACGCCUCCAUCGCUGAUGACAACUCUUUGUGUCUGAGCAAGCCUAAUGUUCUGAUCAGCAUCACACCACCACCCAGUCACAACGGUCCCACUCUGCCUGCAUACAACCCACCAGUGGAGCCCUACUCGGGUGACAGUGCGCGUGUGGAACUAAGCGAUCCUGCACCAGAGUCGGUUUGCUCCUCCUCUGUUCCUGCAUGCUCUACUGACACCUCCAACACCAAGGACACAGACUCUGGACUGCCAUGCCAGGAGAACAACAUUGCGCUAAACCAACAGGAACCAGCAGACAACCACCUGGAGUCUACCUGUCAGAGUUUGGAAACGAUGGACGUGCAGGAGCAUGUGGUGCACUUAUCCGAGAAUGUGUCCAUCCUGGAUGGAGACAGUCCAAAUUCAGCACAAGUCAUCAACUCAAUCAUCAGCAGUGAAGCAGACAGAACAAUCACUCCUUCCUCCUUCACCACCAUCACUGCUGGUACUGAGUCAAGUUUAAAUGUUCACCCUUCCCCUGAGCCUUCCCCUGAGCCUUCACCUGAGCCUGCACCGCCUGUGAAUAAACCGGAGCCACCAACACUGCCACCUGCAGAGAAAGAGAGACCCGCCUGCCGAUCAAAUAUAAAGUACACUGUGGCGGCUGCAGGAAUGGCCUCCUUGGCUCUGGUGAUGGCGUGGAAGUUUAAGAAGGGGACUUUUUUAAAAGGAUGAGAAGAUGAAGAUGUUAAAGCUUUUAAAAAGGGGUUUGGUGCCUUAUUAUACUCAUUGGACUCUGAUGGCACGAGGCAGCCGUUUAAUUAUUAGUCAGAAUAAUAGCUGCUGGACCUUUGAUCAUAUUAUUAUUUGCAAGUCAGUUGUUUGGUUGGACUGCGUUUUAUGAUUUUAAUAUUGAAUGGUGUUGACCUUUAGCAAAAUCUUACCCCUUUUUAUUCGAGUUACGACUUGUUAUGGAGCCUCUGGUGUAUGGUUGAGCUCUCGGGUUAUUUAUGCUGCACACAUUUGGUUUGUAGACUGCAGCCACUGUGUAGUUAUGAUAGAAAUAUUUGUGUGCGUGGUAUGCACUUUGGCGAUAAGACUGUCGGCUGUCCUCAACUGACGAUUAUUGUGUCAAAGAGCAAACGAUUAUCGAAUGUGGACCAAAGAAGAUUGAAAAGGCGCAUCACACGUCUUAUUUUUAAGGGGGAAAAGGUGAAGAAAAUAGCUUAACUGUUGGUAUUUAUUUAUACACAUAUGUACAUUAUAUAGUUGUAUAUGGAUAUGUUAAGAAUGAAAAUAUUCCAAAAGCCACUCGUUAUAUCUCAGAUAUUCACUUCAGAUUCAGUCAGUCAGCCACAUGCUGUUAAAUCACAUAACUUUAAGUUAUCAGCAAAUUUAUCCAAAAAAUGUUUUGUUGUGAAACAAAAUUCCUGUAAGUCCAAAGAUUCAUUCAAUGGCACUGUUUUUAAUAUUUAUUUUUGAAGGUUUUUGCUUCUUUCUUUAGUUUUGGUGUUCUUAGACGUUUAACAUGAAAUAUAUUGCCUUGUUUUUCAUUAUAAUGUGACAUGCAAGUUAAAAAAAAAAAGCAAAGCAAACCUAUCUUACAGUUUGCACAGAAAUAACCACUUAAGUCUAAAUAACACUUUUAUCUGCUGUAAAUGUUGAAGAUAAUUAUUUUCCAUAGACUUUAUUCCUUUAAACAGAGGAAGGAGGUUAUUGUAAAUCUUAAUUUAAAAAGGGACAUUUUAACCUUUUAAGAGGAAAUGUGGGCUCUAGAGAUGUAGAUGAAAUAUAUAACGUCGCUACACUAAAAUGUUUAAGUGUAAUGUCAACUUAAGUUGUAUUUAAAUUUGUUUGCACUACUUCAAGCUAUGCACUGUGCAAUCUUAUCAAUAAACCUGAACUGUUAAGGCAUA